ACGAAAAAUGAAGUCGUACCGAUUCGGACAUUCGACGAUCUGCCGGAACGCCAUCAACGUCGUGACUCGGAGGCACGGCUUGCCAAUCCCCGAGCCAGUUCGACUGGCCGGUCACUGCAACUCGACGUGUUCGACAUGACAAAAGCGCGACGAACAGAAGAGCAGUCGAGCUCACCGAGCCCGAUUAGGACCGGCUUAUGCAGCUCAAAUUUCAAGGCUUUGCGACAGAGUUCUCUCGGCCAGUCGCAGACAUUCCAAGCAAAAAAGGGCGCAACUGGGUCAUUGUGA